AUGACAUUUCGCUUCCUCGUCAACUUCGGGCUGCUUGCCCUGCCCAUCGCCAUCACUUUGGGCGUGCUUAUCGGUCUGCAGAGCCAGCGCGAGGCCAGCGGCGGUCCGCCUCUGUUCAAGCCCGAUCCCAAGCCGACGGAUCGGAUCAAGAAGAAGAACGGUAUCUUGACUGAGCAGCAUUGUCAGAAGUCUUAUGGUAUCCAUCCCGAGACCAAGGGCCAAGAGUUUACACUUAAUCCCAAUCAGUGGGGUUGGGAUGAGGGUGAUGAUGGCGGAUUGUGUUUAUAUGUUGACAUCAACAACAAUGAAACAUACGCCACAAAGACCACCGCCCCUCACUGGUCCGUAGUAUGGGAAUACCCUCAAGGUCCAGAGACAGCCCCUGUCCACGCCUUCCCCAACAUCAAGGUCGACGGCGAUGUCUUCCCUGCCAAGCUCAACGCCAUCGACAAGAUCGACAUCGACUUUGAGUGGACAUACGCAAUCGGCAACAAGUCGACAAAGGGCUCCAAACCUGUGACCAAGACGGACCUGACUGACCUCAAAGACCAUCUGCUCAACGCCAACGUCGCGAUGGAUAUGUUUAUGGACAAGGACCAGAAGAAGGCGCAGGACAGUGAGAAAGCGUCGCAUGAAGUCAUGGUGUGGUUUGCCGCUAUAGGUCCUGCUACGCAACCCCUCGGCUUCAACGUCAACGGCUCUAAUCCCUUGGCCACAAAGACACUCCACGGCACAGAAUUCAAACUCUACUACGACAUCAAUCAGUCCAAGCAAAAGGUCUUGACAUGGUAUGUCGACAAGCCAACGGAAAAGUUCGACGGCGAUCUCUAUCCUUUAAUCGAGGAGAUCCUCUCCAUGGAUAACAGCGAUUACCCCUCGGCUUCGGACUACAUCGGCUACAUGUCGUGGGGCACAGAAGCCUACUCGGUUAACACAACCGUUACAUUCGACGUCCCCAGCUUGUCAAUAAACGUGGAGAAGAAGGCAUAA